CGGGAGGUGUUUCAGGACGUGGCAGUGUAUUUCAUACGGGAGCAGUGGGAGCUGCUGGAAGAGGAGGACAAGGGGCUUUACCGGGACCAGAUGCUGAGGAACUACCAAGCCCUCGUUUCCCUCGGAUAUCGAGGUCCCACACCUGACUUGAUCUGCCGCAUCCAGCGAGAACAGGUCGAGCUCUGGGUCUGUGAUGAUGUGUACUGUGGGGCAAUCUUGAGGCCGGAGGACCUGCUGUCAGGACAUGCCUGGUUGCUGAGCAGAACCGAGGAGCAGGGUCCUGAGGAAGGGCCUGGAAAGCUGGAGCCACCAUGGGCUUCCCUGGGGAGUAUGGGUGAGGUGGAUUCCCUGAGCCCAGCGAAGGACCAGUGGCACAAGGGUCAGGGGAUGCCCCAAAAGCAGGAGAAUGUAGCAGUGAACGAGGUCCCAUCUCUAGUUGGGCGUUGGAGUGAAGAAGGGGAACAAGCCCGAAACAGCCCAAGGUGCAGGGAUGAAUAUGUCAUGCUGAGACACCAGAAGAGAACGAAAGGAAAGGCGCACUGGAGAGAGACACUGCAUGCAAACCAGGGCAGUGUGGAGGAGCUGGUAGUGAGGCAGGAGCUCGCUACCGAGCCCAGGGGGAGAGGCCACUCCUGCCCUCAGUGCAGGAAAAGCUUUAGUUGCCCCUCGCGCCUGGCUCUGCACAAGAUAAGACGUGCUAGGAAGAAGCCCCAUGUAUGUGCCACGUGUGGGAAGCGCUUUACGUGCCUCUCGACCCUGGCUGCUCACCACCAGGUCCAUUCUGGACAGCUCCCCCACCGCUUCACCAAAAGGGGGAAGAGCUUUGUGCGCAGCUUGGAGCUGCUCAAAAAACAACAUGUGCACAGGAAGAAGCGUCAGUACUGCUGUGUCACAUGUGGUAAGACCUUCACCCAUUUCUUCUCCCUGGUUCAGCACCGUCGGAUGCACUUGGGGAGGAAGACGCACCGCUGCAACAAGUGCAGGAAGAACUUCAUCAGCUGGCAAAAGUUGUCCCAGCACCGGUGUGUGCAGAAGAGGCAGCAACCACACUGCUGCACAAAGUGUGGGAUGAGCUUCAGGCAGCCCUGCAGCCUGGCCAGGCACAGGUGCAUGCACACACAGGAGAAGCCACAUCGUUGUUCUGUGUGUGGGAAGAGUUUUGCUCAGUCCUCCACCCUUACCCUGCACCAGGCCCUCCACACAGGGGAGAAGCCACAUCGCUGUUCUGAGUGUGGCAAGAGUUUCACCCAAUCCUCCCACCUGACCCGACACCAGCUCAUCCACACAGGGGAGAAGCCACAUCAGUGCUCUGAGUAUUGGAAAAACUUCCCCCAUCUCUCCCACCUGUCCCAGUAUCAGCACAUCCACACCCAGAAGCAUCUCUAUUUCUGCCAGCCGUGCAGGAAGCCCUGGGAGUUGUCUGCCUGCUCAGCACCCACCAGUGCUGCAUUCGGACAAGCACCCCCCGGCUGCUGGCCCAGCGCGGAGCUCCGGACCACGGGGUGUGUUUCGUGCCAGGCUCCCCCGGCCGCGCAGCCCUGUGAGAAACGCGCGGCGCCCCGCCCCGUUCCCACGUUACCCGCCCUUCUCUGGUGGCUGCGAGGCGCAGGGGUCGGGGCACCGCGCCGCGACUAAUCAAUGGUAUUAGUCUCUUAUUGAGCAAGGCAUCGCACACCUGCGUUUGCCAUCUUCUCCACUUCUCUUUUUGGCAGCAAGCAAAGGGGGUUGACCCCCAAAGGCGACCUGUUUCAUGUGAUUUGCAGAUAAAGCCUCAGGUGGCCGCUUCAACCAGACAGCAAAGACAAGCGACAUCUCCCAUUAAUCCCUUUUCAGCAAGGGAGUCAGCAUCCUGGGUGACCAGCUCGGAGGCACUCAACACGCGGCGGGCACAAGAGAACCACUGCAGAAAUGAACGGGGGCAGCAGCAGAUGUGGGGAACCUGGAUAUGAAAUGACGGGAGAGAGAGGAGAAACAGCGCAGUAGGGAGAGCUGGGCAGUGCCACACCGUAGCUCAGGCUUCAGAGUGUGAAAGGCUGUCAGUGCUCGACCCUUUUGCGAGCAGGGCAGCACCACACCGCAGCUCGGCAAGAUGAGCCUGAGAGCAGACAGCGGAGACCUCCCGGCCCUUGCCCGCUACAGGCCCAGAUGGUGCGUAAGGGAGAGCUGCGGAUGGAGGCCCGUGGACCUUGCCCACAGACAACCCAAAUGGCACCUUAAGGGAGGACUGCAGAUGGAUGCCCAUGGACCUCACCCGCUGCUGACCCAAAUGGCACCAUAAGGGAAAGGAGCAGAGACUUCCAGGCCUGACUGCUGCCGACCCCCUGGAUCACCGGUACUUGACAGAAACUAUGAACCAGGCUACUACUACUACUGUUAUAUCCAUUCUGCACCUGUACCAUGCAGCUGAACACCAGGCCAACCCCUGAUGCUCCAUAUCACCCUGUAGCUCCACUCCGCCCCUGCUACACCCACAGCAGCCUGGCUGCAACAUGCAACAAUGCUGCCUCAUGCAACCACCCUUUCCCCCCCACUCCAAAUGCUGAGGAUCACAUUUGAAACAUAGCUAGCCAUGUUAGUCUUCAGACAAAUAGAAGGAAGGGUAGAUUUGUACCUUAUAGACUAACCAAAAUAACUCUAUACACACUUGUGCACACACACACACACACACACACGUGGGUACCACACUUUAACAAGGUCGUGGUAAAUCUUGAGAGUGCAGAAAAGAGCCACACGUAUGAUCAUAGACUUGCACAGCAAGCCAUACAAGGAAAGGCGGAGGCACCUGGGGCUCUUCAGCCUAAAGCAGAGAAGGGUGAGAGGGGACUUAGUAGCAGCUUACCGCUACAUCGGGGGCUUGGCGAACAACUGUUUACCAGGGCACCCUUGGGGAAAAGUAGGAGUAAUGGCCACAAACUCCAGAAGACCGUUUCAGGCUUAACACUAGGAAAAACUUCUUCACAAUCAGGGUGUCCAGCUCUGGAAUAAACUCUCUCCAGACUGGGUGCCAUCACCUACCCUGGACAUCUUCAAGAGGAGACUGGAUGGUCACCUUGCUGGGGUCACCUGACCCCAGUUGUCCUUCCUGCCUAGUGCAGGGGGCUGGACACGAUGAUCUUGCGAGGUUCCUUCCAGCCCCUGACAGCUAUGAAUCUAAGAGAGGAUGUUAAAAAAUCAUAGUUAUUUACACAACUUUGUAGAGUUGGAAGAGAAUAUAGGGCCCCCUCCGCACACAAAAGGCCACAGUAAUCCCAGCAGGGAUAUGGCCCAAAAGACACAGGACUUAGACUUAGCAGUCACUGCCUUUGGCUUCUCAAAUUCUCCCUCUUGUUCUAAACUAGUCUCUUGUAUUCAAACAGGCAGAGCAAUCACAGGCAUUGGGCCACCAGAUGAAGCCAUGACAGACUGGGGCAAGGAUCCUACAUCUAGUGUUGGAAUUUAGAUUAAAAGAGGAAACCACAUUUGGGAUUUCUGCGAUUAAGCCCCACUUCCACGGAAGGACAUAGCCAAUUCGUACAACGUGCGACUCAUUUUAUGUGAAAAAAGUGACAAUGUUAAUGAAAUGAAAGAAAAAAUCAGAAAAAAAAAAUUGCAAGAUUGCCGACCUCCAAGUGCUUGCCAUUGUUAACUAGGGGAGUCUUCUCUAGAGAAAGUUACAAUUUCAUUUUAAAUAAUCACACACUUGAAGACCGAAAAUCAUUUUGCAAGAACUUUAUUUUGAAAAACAUGGAGUUAAAAUAGCAUUUCCAUUCUCCUGCGGGGAUGAUAAAGUUUCAUAUAAAACAAAGAACAAAAAUAUUUGGUACAAAUAUUCAUAAAAGGGUAAUGGAAUCCACAUUUACAGUUGUGAAAUUUAUCUACAUUUAUCUGUAAUUAAAAGAAAUCAAACAUUAAAAAGGAUCUCUUGGUCAAAGCAUUCUGCCGCUGGAACAUUUAUUCAUCGAUUUACCUAACAUUUAAGCGCAAAGUAAGUGUCAGAACAUUCCAGCCCUUCCAAGAGCUGCCAAGAUGCUAGGACUGCAGGGAAAGGGAACACGCUCGGCAAUACAAAGUCUUCUCAGAAACAAAGCCCUUCAGACCAGGAUGAGAUGGCCAAGUGCCACAGGAAGAGAUUAAGAGAAAGGAACAGGUCCACCCCAAAGCAAGUAAAGGUGGUUUACCAAAGGAGCAAGGGAGAGAAAGGGAUGCAAAGGGGAGAGUCUCACUGUGCAGCUGGGAUGGUCUGAGGACCCAGCUCUGGGAACAGGUGUCUACUUGCAGCCUCUAUGUUUGUUGCUACAUGGCGCUAACGGCGAGUAGGAGCAGGAACUCUCAGACAGACACAAUUGUCUUUUCUUCAUUUUACUGCACAGUGUCUAACCCCCCGGGGGAGCCAGAGCAGACAACUCAC